CGCCUCUGACUGUUCAAGGAACGUAGCCAGUGCUUCAGAUUGUUGUUAGCGGUUUUGCUAUCACGAGCCGUUCUUUUUCCAGACAUUUCAAUUGAAGAUUGUACCAUCAACUUCGAACAGCUUUGAAGAUAAGUCUUCGUGCAAGUUUUUGUGAAAUCAACUAACUGUAUCCGACUACAUUUGUGCGACGAGUUGGUGUUGGCGGUGGUCUUGCGAGCCCCUUUGAGUAUGAGUAUACAAUGAAGCGGCGCUUGGAGGAACAGGAAACGGUAUUUGCGUCUCAGCAGCGUCGUCUCCCAGUCCCAGGCACCGCAGAAGCUUUCCAGCACAGAGUCCUAGCCCCAGCCCCAGCUACAUACGAGGCAGUCUCAGACAACAUGCAGCCUUCCACUGGCAUCCAGUACUCAAUUCCCCAGGGCUAUCAGGUUCCUACCAUGCCCCAGAGUUCCAGUGGACACGGACAUGCCAACAGUCCUGCCGCACAUGUAGGGCCUCAUCCCCACAGCCCAGCAGUCCAAUCCCAAGGGCCUGCAGUGGUCCAAAGCCACACUCACCCCCCUGCCCCCAUGGCUGCAUCACAGGGACAGCAGCAGUUUCAAAGACUGAAGGUUGAAGAUGCUCUGUCCUAUCUGGAUCAAGUAAAAUUGCAGUUUGGGAAUCAGCCUCAAGUUUAUAAUGACUUCCUUGAUAUCAUGAAGGAGUUUAAGUCCCAGAGUAUUGAUACUCCAGGAGUGAUAGGCAGAGUAUCCCAGCUCUUCAAGGGACACUCUGAUCUCAUCAUGGGCUUCAACACUUUCCUGCCACCGGGCUUUAAGAUUGAGGUCCAGACCAAUGACCUGGUCAAUGUAACCACACCGGGUCAGAUCCACUACAUCACACCCCAUGGGAUCUCAGUCCAAAACAUUCCUGUGACAGGACCUCCCAGUCAGCCAGUGCCCCAUCACCAGGCCCUACCACAACCUGGGCCUCCCACCUCUGCUGCCCCAGCACUGCCCUCUCAGCCAACACCAGCCAAGACGAGCAAGCCGAUUCAGUCUCCAGCUCUAACCCCAACCAGCCAGCCCAACCCAUCUAUCCCUUCAUAUGCCUCCCCUCGCUCCCCCUCAGUCCAGUCUCACACACCAGUGAGCAGCACACCCUCCAGUGGCCCACCUCUGCAAAACAACCAGCCUGUUGAGUUCAACCAUGCCAUCAAUUACGUAAACAAGAUAAAAAACCGUUUCCAGGGCCAGCCCGACAUCUAUAAAGCUUUCCUGGAAAUCCUGCACACUUACCAGGUCAGAACAAAGGAGCAGCGCAAUGCUAAAGAAGCAGGGGGAAACUACACUCCAGCGCUAACAGAGCAGGAGGUCUACGCUCAGGUAGCAAGACUUUUCAAGAACCAGGACGACCUGCUGUCAGAAUUUGGCCAAUUCUUACCAGAUGCAAACAGUUCAGUGCUUUUGAGCAAGACCACAGCAGACCGGGCAGAAUCUGUGCGCAACGACCAUGGGGGGACCGUUAAGAGACCCUUACUGAAUAAUAAGCAGAGGCUUAAUCAGAAUGGCCUUCCAAUCCGGAGGCACUCUGGAGUGGGUGCCACGCCCCCAGUCAAGAAGAAACCCAAGUUGAUGGGGAAAGAUCAUGCCACGGCAGAAGUCGGCAAACAUAGUUGUGGCACCGAGUCUCUCUUCUUUGAAAAGGUGAGGAAAGCCCUCCGGAGCUCCGAGGCCUACGACAACUUCCUGCGAUGUCUGCUCAUCUUCAACCAGGAAGUGAUCUCUCGGGCAGAAUUGGUUCAGCUUGUGAUACCAUUCCUGGGAAAAUUCCCGGAACUGUUCACUUGGUUCAAGAACUUCUUGGGCUACAGAGAGUCCACACACAUCGAGAGCUUUCCCAAAGAAAGAGCAACCGAGGGCAUUGCAAUGGAGAUUGACUAUGCUUCUUGUAAGAGGCUGGGCUCUAGCUACAGGGCACUGCCUAAGAGCUACCAGCAACCCAAGUGCACAGGGAGGACUCCACUGUGCAAGGAGGUUCUCAACGAUACUUGGGUGUCCUUCCCUUCAUGGUCGGAGGACUCUACCUUCGUCAGUUCCAAGAAGACUCAAUACGAGGAGCAUAUUUACAGAUGUGAAGAUGAGCGUUUUGAGCUGGAUGUUGUGCUGGAGACUAACCUGGCCACCAUCCGAGCCUUGGAGACAGUACAGAAGAGAAUCUCGCGCAUGUCUGCUGAAGAGCAGAUCAAGUUCAGGCUGGACAACUCCAUGGGUGGCUGCUCAGAGGUCAUCCACCGCAAAGCCAUCCAGAGGAUAUAUGGGGACAAGGCGUCCGACAUCAUUGAUGGCCUCAAAAGGAACCCAGCUGUCUCCGUCCCCAUUGUGCUCAAGAGGUUGAAGAUGAAAGAGGAGGAGUGGCGUGAAGCUCAGAGAGGUUUUAACAAGAUCUGGAGGGAGCAGAACGAGAAGUAUUACCUGAAGUCUCUUGACCAUCAAGGCAUUAACUUCAAACAGAAUGACACCAAGGUCUUUCGCUCAAAGACCUUACUCAAUGAAAUUGAGACAAUAUAUGAUGAGUUGGACCAACCUUUUUGUGUCCCACAGCGCCAGGAGCAAGCAUCUGAAGACGCAGCCACCCCACCCAACGGCCCCCACAUGACCUUGACCUACGAGGACAGUCAGAUCUUGGAGGAUGCCGCUGCUCUCAUCAUCCACCAUGUCAAGAGGCAGGUGGGGAUCCAGAAAGAAGACAAGUACAAGAUCAAACAGAUCAUCCACCACUUCAUCCCUGACAUGCUGUUCUCCAGACGUGGGGAGCUUUCUGAUGUAGAGGAAGAGGAAGAUGAAGACGAGGAAGAUGACGCAGAGAUGGAGGAAGAUGGUGCAAAGAAGCACAAUGGGCUACCAGGCAGUAGCUCCGGAAAGUCUAAGCUUCUGUUCAACAACACAGGUGCCCAGAAGUUGCGAGGGCUGGAUGAUGCCUACAACCUGUACUACGUCAACAACAACUGGUAUAUCUUCCUGCGUCUGCACCAAAUCCUUUGCUCCCGCUUGCUGCGCAUCUAUGGCCAGGCCGAGAGACAGAUCGAAGAGGACUGUCGAGAGAGAGAGUGGGAAAGGGAGAUCCUUGGCGUCAAACGGGAUAAAAAUGAGAAUCCUGCCAUCCAGCUCCGACUGAAGGAGCCUAUGGACAUUGACGUGGAUGACUACUACUCAGCCUUCUUAGAGAUGGUGCGAAACCUUCUGGACGGUAAUAUGGAACCGGCUCAGUAUGAAGACUCCCUGAGGGAGAUGUUUACCAUCCACGCCUACAUCGCAUUUACCAUGGACAAGCUCAUCCAGAGUAUUGUCCGGCAGCUCCAGCACAUUGUGAGUGAUGAUGUUUGUGUACGGGUGACUGACCUCUACCUGAGCGAAAGUGCCAACAAGGCCACCGGAGGCAGUCUGUCCACCCAGGCUUCCAGGACCACUGUUGAGGGGGCUUACCAACGCAAAGCAGAGCAGCUCAUGGCCGAUGAAAACUGCUUCAAGCUGAUAUUUGUGAAGAGUCGAGCAAGUGUUAACCUGUCCGUAGAGCUGCUGGACACGGAAGAGGAUAACUCUGAUGAGCCUGCUGAUGCAGAGCGGUGGUCGGACUAUGUGGGAAGAUACCUGAACUCAGACUCGGCGUCUCCAGAGCUGCGUGAACACCUGGCCCAGAAGCCUGUGUUCCUCCCCAGAAAUCUCCGUCGGAUUAGGAAAUGCCAGAGGGGUUGGGAACAACUUCAGCAAGAGAAGAUGACAAAGGGCAUAUCUGACAAGUCCCAGGACAGCACUGAGGACCUGAAAAUGGAGUGCAUGUUCAAGCUGAACUCUUACAAGAUGGUGUAUGUCUUCAAAUCGGAGGACUACAUGUACAGACGCACUGCAUUGACACGAGCUCACCAGUCACACCAACGAGUGAACACUCGCCUGCAUAGACGCUUCCAAGCCUGGGUGGACACUUGGGCAAAGGAGCAUGUAACCAGCGAAAUGGUUGCACACAACCGCAAGUGGCUGAUGGGAGAAGGGCGGGACGGUCUGCUGCCUUGCACUACAACCUGCAAUCCCGAGAUCCUCCAUUACCUGAACAUCAACAAGUACCGUGUGAAGUAUGGAGCACCAUAACCACCCAUUCAUCCUUGUAUAGUAUCACUUAUCAUUGUCAGAAAAAAUCCAUGUGUCAGCAAGUAUUUGAUGCCGCCGACUGGGAAAAGUAAUAUAGUUGAUGAUUUUAUUUGGACUUAGAAGAUUGGUCUACUUCUGCUUGACUAAACGCCAAAUUUUGGGGGCUGCCACUUUUCCAUUAAUUCUUAAUCUCCCAAUAUCCGCACCUGCUUUUAAUUGUGCACUUCUGAAAAUAGCUGCAUUGUUGGGACUAUGAACCGUAAAAGGACAUGAGUAAUUGGAAUCUGUUGAGUUUGAAUUUGAUCUUCCAUUGUAAGCAGAUGUAGAUUAUGAUUGUAAGAAAACUUGAGCAUAUAGCAUGCCAUGGACGUUUGUUGUCAAAUUUCAUCAUACAAAUUGAACUGCUCACUAAAAAAGUGUUUUUUUUCUAAGUAAUUGGACAUUCUGUAGCAGUAUUUGUGGUUUUUAUAAUGACCACUCAUCCCAACAAAUAAUUGAGUAAAAAACAAACAAAGCAAGUGUCACCAUUUGCGUGAUAGGAAGAACACAAAUACAAGGAGGGUUUUGAUCUCAAACUGUAAAGUUGUACAGGCUGUGAAUGUUCUUUCCCUGUGGUGCAGGCCUGUGUGGACUAUAUAUUGGCAAACAUCUCUGGCAUCAUUGUUAUGGAAAUUGUGCACACACAAAAAAAAUUACUUUGGUAGUACACCAGCUAGUCCAGCUCAGUAACAUCCAGCUGCAUACACACUGUCCACCUUCUGUAAAUAGCUUGUUUAUAGUUGUCUUUUUUAUUACAUUGAUGUGUAGCGUACUUUAACAAACUUAGUAUAAACCUUAGGUAGAAGUUGCAGAAAAGAAGUAUAUUGCAAACAUUUUAAUGAUGGUUUUUACCAAAGGAUGUUUAUUAGGCGUUUCCUUUGUGUUCUGUUAUCGUGUUUUGUAGUACAAGCCUUUCUAAGCAUAGCUAAGUCUUUUCAUCUUGAAAUCAGCAAUUGGAUCAGUUUCAAGACUGUUGUGUUACUGAAACAUUGGCUUAAAAUCUCACUCAGACUUUCUGAACAAUGAAUGUAGCCAUCAAACAAUUCAUGCUUUUCAGUGUAGAUGUUAGUUCUGAAAAUCUGGUAAAUAGGUCUUUACCUGCAUAACAAUGCUCUUUUCAGUCUCUGAUUUGAGAUGGAUCUUCCUUAAAAGUUGCUGUUGGUUAUGGCCCCUGUUCCUUUAAACAUUGUGAUUGAGAAACUGGUGGGUUUUCAGCAUGUAAAAAGAACCUUCACUAUAAUGGACUACAACAUGGUAAACACAGGAACAUUUGUCUUCUUACACCUUCGACAGUGUGUGUUGACAAUAAAUUAUGUUCCAAUUGCAAAAUGGUUGCAGUAUCAACUGAAUUAUUUGACAUUAUAGUUUCCUAAAGUCUAGCCAAGAGUAUAAAUUGUUUAAAUUGUCACAUAAUUAUUAUGUGAUUGUUAACCAUAUAACCUCUACAGAGUCCUAAAACAACAACCAAGCAAUAAAUGCAAAAUGCUUUAUGGCAAGCUUUUGUUUUGUAUAAUACAAAUAUGAAUGUUUUCUCUCAAAUGUUUCUAGUGACAAGGAUUUAUUUUAAUUUCUUUUAUUUUUAAAGUUUGAUGCAAACAUCAACCAACACAAGGUUGCCCCUUAAUGGAUUUCUUACUAACAUAUUGCACAUCUUAUGUCCCAUGUGAACCAACCAAUGAAUCCAGUACUUUUGUCUGGUACCAGAUGUCAAUUUGGACCUCAAUUCACAUGACAAAUUAGGCACUAGGCCUAUAUGAGAAAGGAACAAUGGACUAGACCACUCAGCUAUCAUCUGACCAACCAAGUGAACUCUCAAAAGUAGACUGUACUUUUAAAUCUCCAAUUCAAUUACUAGGAGAGCAGAGAAAUAUAAGACCCUCACCUUCCACUCUAAAUGAAGUGUUUUUCAACAGUUUCAAGAAAUCCUUGUGUAUAAAUCAGCUCUGUCAGCACUGUAACCAGCUACAGACAAUCUUGGAACCGUUUAUAUCUUAGGACUGGUUUUUAUUUUUAUAUAUUUACUGUGUCGAUACAUUGAAAUACAGGAUAACUACCGGGCAGCUGGAUUGUACAUAAACACAAAGACUGCAUUUGUAACCCAUUUACCGUGUCUCUUUACCACCUCUUUUCUUGACUUCUAUGAUGUUGUAUACUUUAGUGUAGUAUGGUGUUUGGCAUUAAACUAUCCUUUGAAUAGAUACACA